AUUCGACUCUUGUCCAUAAUAUUCUUCCUCAAACUUUCCAAAAUGGCCACCCUCGCUGCCCAGCUGUCCACCCUCGCCGAAGGUGUCAAGCAAAACGCCCCUGCUUCCAUCGCCAACACCAUCACCGAGUCCAUCGCCAACCUCAAGAAGACCUUCGACAAGAGCGCCGUCAUCAAGCCCGGCACUCCUCUCCCCAGCUUCAAGCUCCCCAACGCCCUCGGCAAGGACGUCACCAGCGAGGACCUCCUUGCCAAGGGCGGCCCCAUCCUAAUCACCUUCUACCGUGGCGACUGGUGCCCCUUUUGCAACCUCGCCCUCCGCUCUCUGCAGCAGCAUCUCGACCAGUUCCAUGCCAAGAACGUCACCGUCGUUGCCAUUUCUCCCGAGCUGCCCAACACCUCUCUGACUACUACGGAGAAGAACGAGCUUAAGUUUGAGGUUCUGUCUGAUGUCGGCAACAAGUUUGCCCGUCAGCUUGGCAUUUGUUGGGAGCAGCCCGAGUCUGUCAAGCCUGUCUUUGAUGCCUUCUCUAUCGACCUCAAGGCUCGCAACGGCGAUGAAUCUUAUGCUCUGCCUGUUCCAACGACUCUUCUUGUUGACUCCAAGGGAAUUGUUCGCAACGUCCACACCGAUCCGGACUACAUGCAGCGUCUGGAGCCCAGCACCGCUCUCGAGUGGGUUGAUGCUUUGUAA